AUGGCAGAACAGCCCGACCAACAGCCCGUUCAGGGUCCCGACCAACAAGCCGGCCAACAGGCCAACGAGCAACCCGUCCGACAGCCUGUCCAGCAGCCCAGCCCGCAGGGAGGAAUCCGGCAGGCCAUCCACCAUGCAGUGCAGGAAGCCGUGCAGCGGGCCGUACUAUGCGCAGUGGAAGAAGCCGUGCGAUCUUUGGGACAAGAAGACCUAGGGGGCCAACAGCUUGGAUACGAAAACUACGCUGACUGGUACUACAACAACCAGCAAUAUGCUCAGCAGUAUGCUGGGGGACAAUAUGCCGAAGGAGGGGCAGGUUUUGAUCAGGCGGCCGUCGACGAGGUCGUGGCAGAUCCUAGCAUGGAAGAGCCCCUUCGAAAGAAUAGGAAGACGUGUGACCGCCGCGGCUGCCAGGGCUGCAACAGCGCCGAUUGCAAGAGGCGCUCGCUCAGAUGGCACAAGCCAGGGCCACAUUGGUGCGACGGCAAGGGCUGGGGUGGGAAGAUCUGGGGAGUGACCCGCAAGCCAAGUGAUAAAGACAUCCGGCACUGGGACAUGGUCUUCGACCCCAAGCUUACGAGGGAGGAGACGAAGGCAAUCCGCAUCGCCGAGCAUUUCCGGAUACCGGACAAUGCCAGCAGCAGUAGAGGCGGGGAGAAAGGCUCAGUGGGGGGAAGCAGUUCCGGAGCCAGCAAAGGUAAGGCUGUGUCUAGAGGCAGGCCUAGAUCUCAGCCGUCCGAGUCCAGUGACAAUCGGCGAAGGCGAGACGAUAAAGGCACCCUCCGGUCGGGCUCGUGGGAACGCGUCUCACCGACAGAGGCAGCCAGGCGUGACCGCAUGCAUGCUAACGUGCAGAUGUCAGGGGCAGCCGCGCCAGGAUCUGAUGCUAGCCAGCUCAGAUCGGCUGCAGCCGCACCGACCGUCCUCCGUUCGACGGUAGAGGACGUGGCCGCUCAAUUCGACGACUCCUACUACCUCGACUGGCUGGCCAUGCGCCGGAGCAUCUCCAACCCGCCGUCAGUCCGAGGUCAGCGCACGAAAGCCGCCGACACGGCGUCCGACCUGAAGGAUGGCAGGAAACAUCAUGACAGCUGCAAUGGUCGCCACAGCCGUCGCCACGGCAGACGGAACAGCUAG